CUUACAUUUCACUCCUCAUACUUUUUUUUUUCUUCAUUUUACUUCAUAAAACCCGUAAACCCUUCAUUCUUCGCUCUUGCAAUUACAUAUUGCUGAAGCAUAUAUAAAGAAUGGCUUAUAGGCGCAGCAUAACAACGCGAGCGAAGCUUCUUUAUCAGCAACAAAGAGUCACUCCUGCAUUUUCUUAUUUUCAUAAGGAUGAUGAUGAUCAUAAGAGCUGUCCUGAACCGACUUUUGUGAAUUCAAGAAUUACCAGUUUUUCCCAAUCCCGUUACAUGGGAAGUGUAAGUGGAGUUAACAGCUUCAUUGGCUCAAGAAGCCCAUAUCAAGACAGGAGGUUUUGUGCUUCAGGACUUAUGGUUCCGAUGAGUUAUGGGUCCUCUUUGACCAGGAAUAUGUCAACUGAUAUUGGUGGUGGAGCAGAUAAAAUUAAUUACGUGACUGAUGUUGCCGAAGUACUUGCUGAUAAGGCUGUGGAAGCUGUAGCUUCUCAAGCUCCAGCUUUGAACGAGGUGGCAAUUGCUGCUGCUGAUUGUUAUUUGCCGGUGAAGGCAUUAAUGUAUUUGAUAGACUACGUUCAUAUAUUUACUGGGUUUGAAUGGUGGGGAUCCAUAGUUGCUACAAGUAUUAUGAUUCGGUUAUGUACUCUUCCAUUUAUGAUUAAUCAGCUUAAAGCUACUUCAAAACUUACGCUUCUGAGACCAAAGUUGGAAGUGAUUAAAGAAGAGAUGCAAAAUAAGGGUAUGGAGCCAGCGGCAGUUGCUGAUGGUCAACGAAGAAUGCAAGAAUUAAUGAGGGAAUACGGAGUAACUCCAUUCACUCCCUUAAAAGGACUACUAAUACAAGGCCCGAUCUUCAUCAGUUUUUUUAUGGCUAUUAGGAACAUGGUGGACAGUGUUCCUUCUCUCAAAAUGGGUGGACCAUUUUGGUUUACUGAUCUAACUACUCCAGAUGAUGUGUAUAUCCUUCCAGUUUUGACGGCUUUGACAUUCUGGAUAACAGUGGAGUUGAAUGCUCAAGAAGGAUUGGAGGGAAAUCCUGCUGGUGAAACUAUAAAAAAUGUUUCACGGGGCUUUGCUGCGCUAACUGUCCCACUUACUGCUAGUUUUCCUAAGGCAAUUUUCUGUUACUGGAUAACCUCAAAUCUUUUUUCACUCUCCUACGGUUUGGUGAUAAAAAGUCAUGCGGUCAAGAAGGCACUGGGUAUUCCUAUAAUACGUUACAGUCCUCCAACUUCAACAGAACAAAAACCGGCGCUCCCAUUUUUUGAAACACUCAAGAAAUAUGCAGCAGCACAACAACAUAUAGCAGCAAAGCAGAUCGCAGCAUCACAGCAACCGGCUUUAUCAUCGCCUCCUGUAGAAGAAUCAAGACCCACAAGUCAACGAAUAUCAGCAUCCUCGGUUCUUAGUCAAAGGAUCAAAAGUUUAGAAAAAGAAGUGAAAGGAAGAAAGAAGAACAAGAAGAGGUAAACACUCCAAUGCUAGUUAUAGGUUAUCGCUAGUGCAUACAUAUACACAGUUAAAAGCUGUAUUUGUUGAAAUAAUCGGGGGAGAGAAGCUCAAUGAUUUUUGGCAAUUUUGCGCGUUUGCACCCUCUCGAGUGUUGGGGAGUAAGCAAGAUUUUGUUUUGUUCGAGAGUAUUUCGAGGACCAUAGUAUCUUUAUUUCUCCUCAUUAGACAUAAUUAGAGAAAGAUUAUCCAUUUAGAGAUCUUGUAAUGUUGUACUAUAUUUCUGUAAUUGGCAAAUAUCUCCAAUGCACAUUUCUGAGACAAAAUGAAUACUCUAAUGCUAAUGUUGUUUUUUUGGCUGU